AAACCUUCGGUGCCUCAGAAGAUCCAAUGGCUAUCUCAGACUCGGUUCCCCAACCCCAGCAGUUGUUAUGUCUCACCAUCACUGCUUUUCGCAAGCCUGGGCUGAGUGAAACGGAGUACAGAGAGUACAUGACUAAGGUCCAUGCUCCCUUGGUCACCGGCCUUAUGAAGGAAUAUGGGAUUGUUCGGUAUAACAUGACGCAUAACGACAGCCAAAGUCGACCAUUGCUUUUUAAGCUCUACGACCCCGAGUUCUCGAAACUGUCUGACUAUGACUGUAUUGUGCAAUUCGUAUUCCGCAACAUGGAAGAUUUUCUACGCAUGAAAGCUGAUCCACGCUUCAUGGAGAAAGUUGCUCCUGACCACAAAAACUUUGCUGAUACUCAAAGGUCGACGAUGACUAUUGGAUAUUUUGAGGAGUUUUUGGACAACAAUGAGAUUGUACCUAAAUAAACAACACCUGCGACUAUGCUUAGUGUUGAAUUAGGACUUAUUAGACGCGUAGUAGUAAUUGAGCCUUAGGAUCCUGAUGUAGAGCUUUGAGAAACACAGUUCUAUCUUUAGUGUAGGUUAAGGAAGCUAUUGGAAUAACAUCGACAAUACAAAAGCCUUUCUUGGCAUGGGAAUAUUA